ACACCGAGAUGCGAGACUCGUCACAUGAUUUUCACAUGACCAAUCAGAGCUGGUAACAUGAUUUUCCCGCCAUUAUUCGUCUCUCGCUCGCUCGUCAGGCUCUCGUCUUUACCCGAGCCAUCAUGGCGCUGGAUGCGGGCGCCGAAUUUUCUGAUUGGGCCGAGUUUUUGGCGGCGCUUGCAGCGUUUCAGGAAGCCAACCAUGUUGAGCUGAGUAUAGUGACUUCCAAGACGGUGUUGAAUGAGAAUAGGAAGCUGCCGGACAGCGUUGACAAGUUUCCGGAGGAGCAUGUCUACAGGGCAGCAAAGUUUGGAUGUAUUCAUCAUGGCAAACCACGAUCAAGGAGCACGGGGAUUCGUGGGAAUCAGUCAAGCUUCAGAAUGGGAUGUCCGGCAGAGAUCUACGUGUCCUCAGACCGCAAGAAAGGAAAACUUGUCAUCAAAACCUUCAACAACAACCAUAACCAUGAGGUCAAUGAAGAUGUCAGGAAGUUUUACCCUUCACAGCGAAGAUUAGAUGGAGACCUUCUUGAAGAAGCCCGUAAGCUCACCAGGUUAAAGGUGGAUGUGAAACGUCUGAAAGAUCACAUACACAGUUCUAGUGGGAAACUAACCACCCUUAAGGAUCUCCACAACCUGAGAACAAGUCUCGAUCCAAAGGAGACAGAAGGGGAAGCAGUCCUCCGAGCUCUGCAGGACUUUCUCAAUAGCGACAAAGGUGCCAAGGUGGCUGUGGUGCAGAAACCCGAUAAGACUCUGGAUGCUCUAUACAUCCAAACAUCAGCAAUGGCCAGUUCUUUCCAGAAAUUCCCCGAAGUAAUAUUCAUGGACAGCACAUACAAGACAAACAACCUCAACAUGCCUCUAUUUACUAUCACUGUUAUGGAUGGAGAUGGCGUUGGGCAGCCGGUUGGUUAUGUUAUUCUGACAGACGAAACCAAAUCAUCCAUUGUAACAGCACUACAGCUUUUCUUACAACACAACCCUCAAUCAGCUGCUGUACGAACUGUCAUUAUAGACAAGGACCCUUCAGAAAUUGCAGCAGUGUCUGAGGUACUACCACAUGCAGAUGUUAUCAUAUGCCUAUUCCAUACCAUGAAAGCGCUAAAAGAGGCAGCAAGGCAGCAUGUCAAGGACCGAGAGGUACAUGAGGAGGUGACCAAGUUGAUUAAGAAGCUGGCCUAUUCUCUGACAGAGGAAUCCUAUGAUGAAGCAUUUGGUGAACUGGUGAGCCUAGAAGGAGCUGAAGGCUUUGCUGGGUACUAUACCCGCCAGUGGCACAACAUCAGGACGCAAUGGGUCAAAUGUUUCACAGACAGGUACACAAACUAUGGGAACCGCACCAACAACCGUGUGGAAAGCAGCCACGACAAACUGAAGAAGUUGCUAAGAGGCAAAGUAACCCUAUCUAAGCUUGUUAGAAAUCUUGUUCUCUUCUCUUCCACUAAGGCUUCUCAGUCAAGCGUACGGGGAUUCAAUGAGCAGAUGAAAGUACCAACUGGGAGAACAUGCCCCAUUGAGAAUGCAUACAUGAUGGAAUACACCACAUAUGCAGGUAAAGUUAUUUGCCAGCAACUUUCCUUGGCGAGGCUAGGAAAGUACAAAGUCAAGAGAGAGGAAGAUGGCAGCUUCUCUGUUGGUAUUCAUGAACGCUCGUACAAGGUUAACAACACAUGUACACAAUGCUCCUGUCACUUUUUGCAGAAGAUGGGAAUGCCGUGUCGGCAUCUGUUUGCAGCCCGAAUUGAAGCAGCAUUUGAGCUGUUUGACAUGUCUCUUGUGGCUGAACGAUGGAAAAAGGACACCAAGGCCCAUGCAGAAAAUGCUGAGCUUGAAACUCAGUCUCAGAAUAUCAUAACAUGCGAGACGAUUCCUUCCAAACGAGCAAAAUCAGCAGCAUCGAAAUACACAGAAACAAUGCAGGUCUGCAAAGAAAUUGCUAAUGUCAAUAGCUUGUGUGGACAGAAGGCAUAUGACAAUCGUAUCAAACAGUUGAGAUACAUGCUUGAAUGUUACAAAUCAAACAAAACAGUAACUUGCAUCUGCGCAGAAGAUGACAAUAUCGGUAUCAGUGAAGAUGAAGAGAGCCAGGAAGAUGAGGACAGACCCGUAGAGGCAGGUAAUCUUCGACCGGUGACAUCCCAUCAAGAUGACACAGACGUCACUGACAGUGAAGAUGAAGAGAGCCAUGAAGAUGAGGACAGUCCCGUAGAGGCAGAUAAUCUUCGACCGGUGACAUCCCAUCAAGAUGACACAGACGUCACUGAUAGUGAAGAUGAAGAGAGCCAUGAAGAUGAGGACAGUCCCGUAGAGGCAGAUAAUCUUCACCAGGUGUCUACAACAACAAAUGAAGACAACAACAACAGUGAAGAUAAAGGAAGCCAGGAAGGUGAGGGCAGUCCCAUGGCGGCAGAUAAUCCUCGCCAGGUGUCUACAUCAACAAAUGAAGACAACAGCAACAGUGAAGAUAAAGGAAGCCAGGAAGGUGAGGGCAGUCCCAUAGCGGCAGGUAAUCUUCGCCAGGUGUCUACAUCAACAAAUGAAGACAACAGCAACAGUGAAGAUAAAGGAAGCCAGGAAGGUGAGGGCAGUCCCAUAGCGGCAGGUAAUCCUCGCCAGGUGUCUACAACAACAAAUGAAGACAACAACAACAGUGAAGAUAAAGGAAGCCAGGAAGGUGAGGGCAGUCCCAUGGCGGCAGAUAAUCCUCGCCAGGUGUCUACAUCAACAAAUGAAGACAACAGCAACAGUGAAGAUAAAGGAAGCCAGGAAGGUGAGGGCAGUCCCAUAGCGGCAGGUAAUCUUCGCCAGGUGUCUACAUCAACAAAUGAAGACAACAGCAACAGUGAAGAUAAAGGAAGCCAGGAAGGUGAGGGCAGUCCCAUAGCGGCAGGUAAUCUUCGCCAGGUGUCUACAUCAACAAAUGAAGACAACAGCAACAGUGAAGAUAAAGGAAGCCAGGAAGGUGAGGGCAGUCCCAUAGCGGCAGGUAAUCUUCGCCAGGUGUCUACAACAACAAAUGAAGACAACAACAACAGUGAAGAUAAAGGAAGCCAGGAAGGUGAGGGCAGUCCCAUAGCGGCAGAUAAUCUUCGCCAGGUGUCUACAUCAACAAAUGAAGACAACAGCAACAGUGAAGAUAAAGGAAGCCAGGAAGGUGAGGGCAGUCCCAUAGCGGCAGAUAAUCCUCGCCAGGUGUCUACAUCAACAAAUGAAGACAACAGCAACAGUGAAGAUAAAGGAAGCCAGGAAGGUGAGAGAAGUCCCAUAAUGGGAAUGGACAUUCGCUACUUGACUUUGCGUAUAAGAUGGCCAUGGUCUGAUACCGACAGUAAAGAUGGCACAGACAGUGAAGAUGAAGAGAGCCAUGAAGAUGAGGACAGUCCCGUAGAGGCAGAUAAUCUUCGACCGGUGACAUCCCAUCAAGAUGACACAGACGUCACUGAUAGUGAAGAUGAAGAGAGCCAUGAAGAUGAGGACAGUCCCGAAGAGGCAGAUAAUCUUCGACCGGUGACAUCCCAUCAAGAUGACACAGACGUCACUGAUAGUGAAGAUGAAGAGAGCCAUGAAGAUGAGGACAGUCCCGUAGAGGCAGAUAAUCUUCGACCGGUGACAUCCCAUCAAGAUGACACAGACGUCACUGAUAGUGAAGAUGAAGAGAGCCAUGAAGAUGAGGACAGUCCCGUAGAGGCAGAUAAUCUUCGACCGGUGACAUCCCAUCAAGAUGACACAGACGUCACUGAUAGUGAAGAUGAAGAGAGCCAUGAAGAUGAGGACAGUCCCGUAGAGGCAGAUAAUCUUCGACCGGUGACAUCCCAUCAAGAUGACACAGACGUCACUGAUAGUGAAGAUGAAGAGAGCCAUGAAGAUGAGGACAGUCCCGUAGAGGCAGAUAAUCUUCGACCGGUGACAUCCCAUCAAGAUGACACAGACGUCACUGACAGUGAAGAUGAAGGAAGCCAGGAAGGUGAGGGCAGUCCCAUAGCGGCAGGUAAUCUUCGCCAGGUGUCUACAACACCAGAUGAAGACAACACCAAUAGUCAUGUUGGGCAAGAUAAGAAAACACAGUUUGCCGCUUGCACAGUGUCUUUCCGACAUCUUCCACCAUUGUUGAAGCUUCCCCCGAAAGUGCAGGUUAGAGGCAGACCAAAAGACUGCAAGAAAAGUGUAAAUAAGAGAUUCAAGGUAGAGAAGCCUUCCACGAGAAAACAGCAACGGGGAAAGAAGAGGUACACAGAGGAGAACACUGACCACUCUGAGUCUGAAGAACCUUUACGUAAAAAACCAAAGGAUGACACUGUCAAACAGGCAUUGGCAGAAGCCAUGAACCUGAUGAAAGACAUGCCUAAGGGAAAACUCGUUGUCGGCAACGUUUCCCUGAACACAAGUGACAUGAAAAGGCUUCUACCGGGCCAAUGGCUUCACGACAAGCUGGUUACUGCUUUUCUGGACCUCCUGGGGAAGCUGUAUCCUGGGCAGGUUCUCUCAUUACCUCCCCAGCUGGCCCAGGUGUGGGACAGUCACAAGCCAAGAUACUCUGCGUGGCUAUAUGAGAAGAUUUGUUUCGCCAGCUAUAAGUUUGUUCUGCUUCCAGUGUGUCACCACGACCACUGGAUGUUACUGGUGGCUAAUGUUGCCGACAGAACAGUUGCAAUCGUGAACUCCAGUCGUUCAUUUGACAAGUACAUGAGUCAGUUCCAACUCAAAUGGCAACACUACAUGACACGUAGGAGCAGGGAUGUCGAGCCCCAGUUGUCCUCAUGGACCAACACAACAUUGCCCAGCAGCAGGCAGCACGAUGGCAACUCCUGCGGUGUGUUUGUGUUGAUGAAUGCUGAGUCCAUUGCAAGAGGCCGUGAACUCAAGUGCAUGGGGCAUAAAGAUGUUCCGUCGUUCCAGAAGCACGUGAUAUAUCAGCUGUUGGCAAACAGCGAGCAAGACGGCAACUGUGCCAUGCUUGAGAACUGCACUUUUCCUCUUGCAACAUCUUGGAUCUUAUGUGGGCACUGCCACCAAUGGCUGCACUUGGAGUGUGCCGGAUUCUCAAAGAAACCACGUGGUACCUAUGUCUGUGAUGCAUGUUCUGAACGCAUUGCUGCCUGUCAGUGUGUCAGUCAUGCCAGGGUUUAACAAUGUCAUAUCAAGUACAAUCUGUCACCACAAAUGACUCUAAUAUGUAGUGGUUAUGGGGCAAAUGCCUUGUGUACGCUCUGGUGACUUUGUUUAUACAUUUAUGAAAUAAACGCAGCAAGUCCUACCUAUUCACCAGUUAUUGAUUUAUCGCCCUGUAGUCUAUGGGAGCCGAGGAAGGUAUUGAGAACUUCCCCAUGCAGGCUCCUAGCACAAUCUUGAAACCAGCGGACUAACUGAAAAUAACUCGUGAAUACAUGGGAGUUGUUGCGUUUUUUAAAUUCAUAAAUGUAUAAACAAUGUCUGCAGUGCGUCACACAAGGUCAUUGCCCCAUAUACAAUGCUUAUUAGAGUCGUUUGUGGUUGUUUUUGGUAAUUUGUGGUGUUUAGGCCGAAGGUGUGAUAUGAUUUGAUCUUUCUUUCAAAGUAGUUGGCCACAGCUUGGCUUUGAUAUUAUGUUUAAAAGUGUUAAGUGAUUUUCUUGAGGGAACACAAGUACAUGUGUAUUGUUAAAUCAUCUCAAGAUCUGUAUUGUCAAAUCCUAUGUCAUUCUGUAUGGGGACAAUGUGAAAAUGUCACCUUUUGUUGCCUUUGUACCUGUUUCUUUGUAAUAGUUAGCUUCAAGUAAAUAAGGGUUCAUUUGAUAUGUAAUACAUGGAUGUAACACCUUUUAUGAAGGUACAGGAAGGAGUGUAAAGUGUUGUAAUAGAUCAGCGCUUUAGCUGACUUGCCAGUUCAGCACCCCGGACAAUAUCUAGUCGUAAACUUACCUAACAGUACCUGUGUGCCAUUUUUUCCCAUGUAUUUUACUCUUAUGUUGUCAAGACAUCUCAGGAUCUGUAUUGUCAAAGCCCAAGUCAUUCUGUGGGUGCAGAAAGCAGAUUGUAUGGGGACAAUGUUAAAAUGUCACCUUUUCUUGCCUUUAUACCUGUUUAUUACCUUUGUAAUAUUUAGUUUCAUGUUGGUAUACAUUUGUAAAGAUAGUAUACACUAUAAGGGUUCAUUUGAUAUGUAAUACAUGGAUGUAACACCUUUUAUGAAGGUACAGGAAGGAGUGUAAAGUGUUGUAAUAGAUCAGCGCUUUAGCUGACUUGCCAGUUCAGCACUCUGGACAAUAUCUAGUCGUAAAUUUCCUAUAACAGUACCUGUGUGCCAUUUUUUCCCAUGUAUUUUACUCUCAUGUUGUCAAGACUUCUCAGGAAUGCUGUAGCUUACAUAAUCAUACUUUUUAUAUAGUUUAGGCACUGUAAUACAAAAAAUAAUAUGAAAACAAAUGUCUUAUUGCCUUUGCAAUUCAUCACCACUAAUACCAAGCUACACUGGAAGAAUAUUUCUUCUUAAAGUAUAGGUUGUUAGCUUUCCAAUAGCGGGGUAUGGUCAAUUGAAAAGAAAAUAGAAAAAAACACAGUAAAACAAAAGUAGUGUCCCCAUUUCAAGAGGGGCUGGAAACCCCGGCGGGCAGAAAUGCUGGCAGUUUAAGGAUUAAGUUCAGGAUCAUAGUGAGCUAUUAUCAAUAGACAACUUUGUACUUAAAGCCUCAUCAUGACAACAUUUAUUGAUGUUGGGACUCACUAAAAUGUUAGCUGUUAAUUCAUUCUUGUUUUUUGGUUUAUUUUGUUUUUGGUUUGAUAAUAAACUGCACAAGACUGGU